AUGUCUAACACGGAUUUUCUCGGGCGGGCGAUCGACACUGUCAAGAAAGCGAUCGAGCUCGACACCGCAGGCUCCUACGAUCAAGCCUAUCAACAGUACUAUGCCGCGCUGGAACUGUUCAUGCUCGCCAUCAAAUGGGAGAAGAACGCCAAAUCAAAGGAGAUGAUCCGCGCAAAGGCGGGCGAGUACAUGGACCGGGCCGAGAAGCUGAAAGAACACAUCCAAGCGAACGAUUCGAGUAACCGCAAAAAGCCGGCCGCGAUGGGUGUCAACGGCAAAGCUGUCAACGGGGCCGGGAAGGGAGAGGCGGGCGACAAGGAUGAGGAGGAUGCAGACGCGAAGAAGCUGCGAGGGCAGUUAACGGGUGCCAUUUUGACGGACAAGCCGAACGUGAAGUGGGAAGACGUGGCGGGUCUCGAAGGCGCAAAAGAAGCAUUAAAAGAGGCGGUCAUCUUGCCCAUCAAGUUCCCUCAUCUUUUCCAAGGAAAGCGACAGCCGUGGAAGGGUAUAUUAUUAUACGGGCCCCCGGGGACGGGUAAAUCGUACCUCGCAAAAGCCGUGGCGACCGAGGCAAACAGUACCUUUUUCAGCGUCAGCUCUUCCGACCUGGUCAGCAAAUGGAUGGGUGAGUCGGAACGACUGGUAAAGCAGCUCUUCAACAUGGCGAGAGAAAACAAGCCCGCCAUCAUCUUCAUCGAUGAAGUCGACGCACUCUGCGGUCCCCGAGGUGAAGGCGAGUCAGAGGCGUCACGUCGUAUCAAGACGGAAUUGCUCGUACAAAUGGACGGCGUGGGAAAGGACUCUCGAGGGGUGCUGAUCCUCGGCGCCACGAAUAUCCCCUGGCAGCUCGAUGCCGCCAUCCGCCGACGAUUCCAGCGAAGAGUGCACAUCUCGUUACCGGACAAACCUGCACGGAUGCGCAUGUUUGAGCUUGCCGUUGGAGACACCAAGUGCGAGAUGAGCCCAGAUGAUUACAAGAAACUGGCAGAGAUGUCAGAGGGGUAUUCUGGCAGCGAUAUCAGCAUUGCCGUGCAGGACGCUCUGAUGCAGCCCGUACGCAAAAUUCAGACUGCCACACACUAUAAGAAGGUCACGGUCGACGGUGAAGAGAAAUUAACGCCAUGCUCACCAGGUGACGCGGGAGCGAUGGAGAUGACAUGGAUGGAAGUCGACUCCGAUAAACUGCUGGAACCCCCGCUGGUCGUGAAGGACUUUAUCCGUGCAAUCAAAGGUUCGAGGCCGACCGUGUCGCAGGACGACCUGAAGAAGAACUCGGAGUGGACGGCAGAGUUUGGCAGUGAAGGAGCAUAG